AUGACCACUCCCGAAGCUAACGAGGGAGGAUGGGUAUGGGUACCUUCUCAUCGUGCCUACUAUAACGCUCAAUGGGGGACUUAUGCCGUUCCCGACGCUCAAGGUCAUUGGACUUACCUCCCAGUCGCCUCCUCGUCCUCCACCACUACUUCUACCAAUACCCCGUCCAAAUCAAAUCCUACCUCACAGACCAACAAAAGUACGGUGCCUGAAAAUGAGCCACCGCCCUCUGCUUCAGAUACAUCAAAGGGGCAAAAUAACGAGGACAAUCAAGAUGAGAAAGACCAUAACAAAGAAGACGGGGAGAUUGAAGAUGAUGUAGGUUGGGGUGGUCUUAUGGAUCCUGAAAAACUAGCCGAGGUCGUACAGAAUAAACAAAACCUAUCUUCAUCUUUAUCAUCCCAUCCGACGAUCAAUAAACAAUUCCCCUUUUUGACCAAACAUCCAGCAUAUGACGAUCCUUCUAUUUACUCCUUUCCCGCAGAAACGGACGAACCUAAUGAUCUAGUCAAGAUGCCGGGUCAUAUCCUUCGCUUAGUGGUAGAUCGAUCUGAUUGUUUGGAGGUAGGACAAGUAGCGGUGAUCGACGCUCGGGAAGGAGGGAUACAAUUGGGUAGGGACCGAUGUGAAAGGGGUGGUGUAGCAAGGGUUAGAUUACGUGAGAUGGAGGUUAGUAAAACUCAUGGGGUUGUUUAUUGGGGGAAAUCUGGGAAUGUUUCUCCUGAUGAGGGGGAUGAAGAGGAAGAAGAGGAAGAAGAAGGUUGGUGGGUUGUGGAUCUUGGUUCGACACAUGGGACAUUUAUUAAACCUCCUCCGAAAUUAGUAACAGCUGCUAGUAGUGGUAGUAAUGGUAAAGGAAAAGCAAGAAGAGACGAAAUUCGUUUAUCCGAACCUAAAACAUCCUCUCGUCCUCAUCCCCUAUCCCACCUCUCGACCCUCCGAAUAGGUUCCACAAUUUUCAUCUGUCAUAUUCAUCCUCAAUGGCCAUGUGAAGUCUGUCAAAUAAACCGAACCAACGAAAUUCGAUUAGACGAUGGUCAACUUCCUUCCCCCCCUCCCGCUACCUCCCAACCAGUACCUGAAGUUCCAUGGGCAAUGACGAGCAAAGAGAAGAGAGAGAAUAGAGAAUUGAAACGAAAAGCCGAGAUGGCGAGUUUGAAAGAGGUCUUACUGCGAGAAGAGGCUGGUCAGGGGGGUAAGAAAAAAAGUGGCUAUAUGAAGAAAAGAGAAUAUAUCGAUCGAUCGGCGAUAAGAAGAAAAAUGUAUCCUCCUUCUCCACCACCAAGAACACGACAUGGAGGACAAAAUGAAAGCUCACGAGGAGGUCAAAAUGGAGAUGGAAUGGGUCCAAGUAAAUUCUCUCAAGCUAUGUUAGCUUCUCAAGGAUGGAAACCAGGUACAGGUUUAGGUAAAGAUGGUUCUGGAAGAUCAACACCUAUAGAAGUGGAAUUACGAGCUGAGAAACGGGGAUUAGGUGCGAAAGGAGCUAUCGUGAUGACUGAUGUGGAAGGUGAGGGAGAUUGGAGAUUACAAGCCAAGAGGAGAAGAUAUGAUGAGCUUAAGGGGAAUAGGGAAGUGUGA